GGAAGAAUAAAAAUGAUUUUACUUUGAUUUAAUCAUAGUUCUAUAUUAUUAUAUAUUUUUUUUACUCAGCUUACCUAAUGUCGAUGCAAAAGUUUCUGGCGCACUCCAUAUCUAGAGAUGAAGACGAUGAGGAUUCUGGUCGGUCAUUUGAUAAGCAACUUAACAAAAGUUUAGCUGAUGGCUGUGAAGCCAAUAGUAAUUAUAUUCCACAGGUUGCAUUCGCAUCAAUUCCUCAUGAAAAUUAGAGUUUUCAAACAUUGGAUGAAGCUAAAGACUUCUAUAUUGCUUAUUCCAAAGAAGCUGGUUUUAGCGUCAGAGAAAGAAAUGACAGGAAAAACCACAAUCAAGAAGUCAUAUGGAAAAUGUUCGUCUGUUAUAAAGAAGGGACGAAGAAUAUGAGAUACCAAGACAAAAUUAAGCAUGUUGUUCAACGAACAGGAGAACGGGAAAGAGGAGAUGUCAGAUGCAAGUGUUUGGCUAGGAUGACUGUAAGCUGGAAAAAACAUGAACAACUUUGGAGAGUUUUGAAAUUUAAUGAGAAACACAAUCAUCCUCUUACCAGUCCGAGCAAGGUGCACGCUUUAAGAGUUCAUAGGGAUGUCUCACCUGCAAUAAGGUCCCUUGCUGUCGAGUUUAGAAAUGCCAAUUUGAGAACAUCUGAUCUCUGGAGGGUACUAGAAAGUGAUGCUGGAGGUCCUGAUAAAAUAGGUUGUCUAGAAAAAGACUUGUACAACAAUGCUUCAAAAUUACAAAAUGUGGUUACUGGACAUGAUGCUGAAACGUUAAUUGGCCACUUUGAGACGGAGAAGACAACAUGCGAGUCUUUCUAUUUUGCUUAUGAAACUCAUGAGUCUGGUGAGACAUUUGAUCGUUGUUACUAGCGUGAUGCGCAUGCAAGAAACUCUUAUUGUUGUUUUCCAGAGGUGGUGGUAUUUGACUCGACAUUUGGCACCAACAAAUAUGGAAUGUUUCUUUGCCCUAUUGUUGGAGUGAAUAAUCAUAACCAGACUAUAGUUUUUGGCUGUGGUCUUUUGAGUAACCAACGAAUCGAAUCAUUUUCUUGGUUAUUUUCUCAGUUUCUCAAUUCGAUGCCUGAAAAACGUCAACCGGGGAUGUUUAUAACUGACCAAGAUGCGGCUAUUGCGGCGGCAGUUCAUGAGGUAUUUCCAGACACUGUGCAUAGACUUUGCUUGUGGCACAUACUUUCCAAGUUUCCGAAAAAAAUAAAUAUCGCCAUGCAUGGAGAUGACAAAACUAAAUUGGUGCAUGCUAUCAUGGACUCGGAUGAUCCGGAGGAGUUUGAGUCCCGUUGGUCAAAAUUGAUGAGUACUACCUCUUUGAGUCAAAAUAAAUGGGUGAAUGAUAUGUACACUAUUCGGGCAAUGUGGAUCCCUGCAUAUUUGAAAAAUAUUUUUUCAGCAGGAAUGUCAUCCUCACAACGUGCUGAAAGCAAUCACUCUUUAUUUAAGAAAUAUUUGAGCAGUGACUGCUCCCUCAAUGAUGUGUUUACGCGGUUUAGGAAUGCAAUUUCGAGGCAAAGGCAUAAAACGUUAUUACUAGACCAUGCCGACAAAAAUGAAAAACCGUCAUUGAAUUCUACACAACCAAUGGAGUGGCAGUUGUCGACAAGGUAUACGAGGACAAUAUUUAAAAAGUUUCAAGAACAAUUGAAGGUUUUGCCAGAGUACAUCAGUAAACUCAUUGAAAAAAAUGAGGUAGUUUGUGUCCAUGAAGUGUUCCCAUUUAGUGGAUCGGAGUUGAAGGAUAAAACUUAUCGGGUGACACAAAAUGUUUCCACGAACUUUCUUUCAUGUAGUUGCCAGAAAUUUAAUGAUAUGGGGAUUCCAUGUAGGCACAUGCUAUAUAUGAUGCAGGUUAUGCAAAUAAAGUUGUUGCCAGAAGAAUAUAUUUUGUCUCGUUGGACACAAGAGGUAGGAUCACCAAUUUCAUUACAAACACUCACUUCUCCAAUCAACCAAGCGCGGGAUAUAUAGAGCGUAGCCGAGGGUUAUCUGAGAAGUGGAAAUGGUUGAUCGAAAAGGCUGCUUUGACAGAGAAAUCUACUAUAUUGUUACACAAAAUGUUUGAAGAAGUGGAAUAAAAAAUGCAAGAGAAUGAAGUUGUGACCCCCAAUGAUACACAGGAGACGUGCUCGAUAAAAGAGCACAAAGGUGAGGGUUUUGUAAGUGAUCCAACUACCAAUCGUGUAGUUCGUGGCCGCAAACGACUAUUAAGUAUGCGAGAUAAGGCAAUUAAAAGUGGAGGCAAGCAUUGUCGCAAUUGUGGCAAAGUUGGUCAUAAUGCUCUUACAUGUCCUGAAAUUAAAGGCAAAUUAAAGGCAAAGACAGAUUAUGCUAGCUUUUAUUUUACAUUUUUUCUAAGUGCUGAUGAAGUUGAACCGUAUCGUCCGUCACCUUUAUCGAAUAAUAUCAUAGUCGAGGACAGUCAAGAAAUGGCGAGUCGGGAUAUGAUCAACAUUGCAGAUGAGGGAUAUGAUUACACGAGCAUUUGGCCUUAAUGGAGUUUUGACUUGUAGUUUCAUAUUUGUCAACAAAAUAAAUAGUAGUUUCUUUUUUCUUUUUUUUUUUG